GACAUUGCUAAUGCUGAGUUGGCUUCAAUACAUCCAAUCCGGCUAGGAUUGGCUCUUAACUUCUCAGUCUUCUACUAUGAGUAUAAGAAGGUUGUUUGGUGGUUCGAGAAGACAUUAGCUCACGUACCCUCCUCUUUAACUGAGAUCAUUGGCUUUAUCAACUUGAAGCUUGAGCACAUAUGUGGAUCUUGCAUACACAUCAUCUGCAGGUUAAAACUUUUCAAGUUUUUCUGCUCGAUACCAUCUCCUAAAAUUAAUGCGGACGAUCAAUUUUGUACAGAAAUGCUGACCUGGGCUCUUAAAGAUGAAUGCCAUGAUGGCGUAAACCACAAAGUAGAGUCAGUUAGAAGCCAGAUAUUUACAUAA